AUGCUAUCAUGUGAUCAGAAACAACCCAGUUGGAAACAUCUAACUCAAUUAAAAAGUUCUGCAUGGUUCAUAAAAAUUAAUACACUGAACAGCCUCGACGUCGUCAUCUUUUGCCUUCCGUCACAAACUUUAGGAAACAGAAGAAAUAAGAAACCUUUAUGUACGACCUUAACAAGACAUGAGCUUAAUGUCCAAGUCAGAACGUUAAACGAGCGAAAGGGUAAAAGAAACCGGUCACAAAAUGCCGGAAAUUAA